AUGGAUCACUCGACCAUCACCAAAUUAACCGAAAGCGCAUUCCCCGAGCCCUUGUACGGCAAUGUCACUUGGCAAACGCUGCUGUCGAGACCCGACACCUUGACUGAUUCCAUGUGUGCGGGACUGGCAACAUGUCCACCUGAGGGCUUUCUUGCUCUUCACCAGCACGCACAGGCUGAGAUCUAUUACAUCCUUUCCGGCACCGGCAGCGUUGAGAUCGAUGGCAAGCGGCACGCCGUAUCAGGUGGCAGCAUUCUGUGGAUACCAGGGGAUGCCGUACAUGGUGUUUUCUGCGGGCCUGGUGAGACCCUGCACUGGCUUUAUGUUUUUCCCGAGGCUCGGUUUGAGGACAUCAUCUAUCGGUUCCAAGAACCCAUCAAAAGUAAAUUGUAA